AUGGCCCUCAGCCACGGAAGGAUUACGAAUUUUCCCAACGCGAAGAGUUUUAUUACGCGUAAGGAUCGAACCGAAGAGGGGAUAAAGGGGAGGAGGACAAUGACGAUGAGGAGGAGGAUGAUGACGAUGCGUCGUGUUUUCGCAGCGGCAUCUUCCUCUUCGGGAGGUGAGACAGGCCGUAUGAAUCAUACGACGCAGCAGUUUUUUCGGAACGAAAACGAAAGGAGAGUUUGGCGAAGCGGCAACGCGUCGACGUCGUCGUCUGAAUCGUCGUUUUCGGGAAGCAGACGAGAGUAUUACGCGUUCGGUGGUACUGGGAGGAGUGGAAGCGACGUAAAAGCAAUCAACCAUCCGGAAUCGAAAUCGUCGAGUUCGACGUCGUGGAGCAACGGGUACGCGGCGAACGCGGAUUUCAUCGAAGACGACGAGGAAAACGAGGUACAAAAGCUAAAGGAAAAACAAGCGAGAAAGAUACAAAAUACACCAGCAGCAGCAGCAGCAGCAGCGGCGGCGAAGAAACAAACGCAGUAUAAGAACGAUUUCACAUUCACCGGAGAAAUCCACCGAGUGACGUUUCACGCCGAGGAUACGGGCUACACGGUCGCCAGAGUCCUGUGCUCGGACAAAGAUACGUUGAAAGAACUUCCGAAAGGCGCUUUGACAAAACCAAAUCGACGACCGAAAAAGGGACAGAAGGAAGCACCGGCGACGAUAACGGUCGUCGGGGAGAUGCCGAACGUUGGCGUCGGGCAGACGUUAAAGUUGACCGGAUAUUGGCGAUCGAACCCGAAAUUUGGCGUAGAGUUUGUUUCCACAAAACCAGCGGAAAUGUGCGUCCCGAGCGACGAACAAGGCGUUAUCGCCUAUCUCUCCAGCGGCAUUUUACCAGGGUGCGGACCGGUCACGGCGGAGAAAAUAGUCUCGCACUUUGGAGGGAAAGAAACAUUAGCGGCGUUAGAUUCUACGGAGGGAGCGAAACUGUUGACGAAAGUCCCAGGUAUUGGCGCGAAAACCGCGGUGAAAUUGAAAAACAACUGGGACGAAUCCAGUUCGAAACGGAAAGCGACGUCGUUUUUAACUGAAGAGUUAGGCGCCUCAGCGUUGAUUGCGAGACGCGCGAGUUUAAAGCACGGCGCUCAGACGGAAGUGAGAGUAAAAGCGGAUCCGUUCAAAGCUUUGAGCGAUAUUAAAGGAUGUUCGUUUCAUCACAUCGACGAAAUCGCCGCUCGAUUGAAAAAAUCACCGGACGAUCCCUCGCGACUCGGCGCGGCCAUGCGCUUCGCGUUACAACGCGUCGCACAAUCCGGUGGUCACGCGUACAUGACGUGGCCGACGUUGAAAGAUCACAGUAGAAAGUUGUUGGGUAGUUCGGGCGCGUUGAUACCGGACGACGUGUUCAUCGAGGCGGCCAAAACAGCCAGAAACUGCGGCGACAUUUUCGUUUUUCAAAACUUCUCCAACGGCGAGUUUGGCGCAAAAACUCCCAUAGCAUCUUUAGCGCAAUGGAACGACGAGACGCACAUUUUUCACGGCAGCUUGCACGAGUGCGAAAAAUCAAUCGCGGAUGACUUGUUGAGACGAUUGAGCCGACCUAAGUUCAAAGUCGAUGAAGCUCGAGUCGCGAAAUGGCUCGAGCUCACGGCGGAGAAAGAAAGCUGGGGCCAACCCGGAUUGUCGCAAAAACAGUUGGAUUUUUUGAACGUAGCUUUAAUUUCGCCGUGUGUGGCGUUAACUGGCGGUCCUGGUACAGGUAAAACGUUUGCAACGCACGUCAUCGUUCGCUUAAUGCGCGCUAUGGGAAAAACAGUCGUCAUGUGCGCGCCAACCGGACGAGCCGCGCAACGCAUGGCGGAGAUAAGUAACGCCAAUCGAUCGAUGACGAAUCCGUUACAGUCGAGUACGAUUCAUCGUUUGUUAGAGUUUAAAGACUUUUCGUCGCAAGGAGAUAGUCAAAACGAUGCGGAUUCGAAUGGAACAGGAGACGAUAUAUCGAGUGCAGCCGUGGAUGAUUCGAACGCGUUGAGUUUCAAAGGCGUCUUUGCGAGGAACCGAGCGAACCCGUUGGAUUGCGACGUGGUGGUUGUCGACGAGGCAUCCAUGCUAGAUGCGCCUUUGUGUGCAGCCUUGUUAGACGCGAUUCCACCGAAAGCGCAGUUAAUUAUCGUCGGCGAUGCCGAUCAGCUCCCAUCUGUGGGACCAGGUGCCGUGUUGAGAGACUUGAUUGCUUCGCAAAGGUGCCCGCACGUACACUUGGCGGAGGUGUUUCGCCAAGCGGAGAAAUCGAAAAUAGUUGGUGCCGCACACGCGAUUAAUCGAGGUGACUUUCCAGAAGAUAUCAUUAAGGCAACCUGGUCUGGUUCGCAGUUAAUUGCAUCGGACGACGCGUCCAUCGAUUUAGGCGAUGCGAAUGUAACCGAUUGCGUGUGGGUGGACACUACGGAGAAAGAAGACGACGCCACGGCGCGAGAGAUUUUGAGUUUCAUCAUCGACGAUAUUUUACCUCGACGGCGCAUCAACGCGAAAGAAAAGUUACAAGUCUUAUCGCCGAUGCGGAAAGGCAACAACUCCGCGGCAACCUUGAACGCUUUCUUGAGAGAGAAACUAAACGCGGCCGACGGAUCCGACUCGAGCGAGUUUGCCACCGCCUCCUCCUCUUCCUUUUCGACCGACGACGAAUCCGACUUCCUUCACAACGACGCCGCCGACAUCCUCAAACUCCGCAAAGGUGACCGCGUCCUUCAAAAGAGAAACGAUUACACCAAAGAAGUUUUCAACGGCGAUCUAGGCGUCGUCACGUCCAUCGAUACGAACGUCACUACCGUCACCUUCAACAAAAAGUCCAUCCAAUACACGAAAUCGGAGGUCCUCGCCAACCUCCUCCCGGCGUGGGCAAUGACCGUCCACAAAUCGCAAGGUUGCGAAUAUAGCGCUGUCGUGCUCUGCCUCUCCUCCGCCCACGGGUUAAUGCUUCGCCGAAACCUCUUAUACACCGGCGUCUCUCGCGCGAAAGAUUUAUUAGUCAUCCUGGCGCCUCGCCGCGCGAUGGAACGCGCGGUGCAAGACACGCAAAGCGCCGAAAGAAACACCGGUUUGGCGAAAAAAUUAAACUCGAGCUACGACAUCUACCCGCAUUCUUCAUCUUCGUCGACGGAGAAGAAGAGUGGGGGGGUCGUCGGAAGCAGCGGCGGCAACCCCGCCUCGAGCGCGUCGUCGAAACAGAAACUCACCAAGCGCGAAGCCAGGUGA